CAAUGCGCCACAGUAUCAAUCGAACGUUGGGCAAUGGGAUUUUACCAUCGCACCUUGGAAUUUUCCAAUGAGCAUCGCUCUUCGAGCUGUUCUCAUCCCUAGUUCCUUCCUCCGAAAUGAGUACCAGGAGUCAGGCCAUCAUUGUCGAAAUACUUCAUGAGCUUGGCCUACCAGCUGAAGUUCUUCAUUUGCUCUUGAUUUUCCGAGAAGCCGCAUCCAAAUCAACGGCUCAAAUCAUUGUGCAUCCAUUCGUCCGGAAAAUCAACUUCUCUGGACGUAAUCGCGUUGGAAGGAUAAUCACCAUGGAGGCCGCAAACUCAAGCCUUGAGUAUUGAGAGGCAAGGCCUCUGUCGUUGUACACGUUAUCUUGUACAACCCAGCCUAAUACAACUUGAUUUUCAUUUCUCAACUCAUCCAUUAGAUUCA